AUGUUAACAUUUGACAAAUACCCAUUCUUGGCCUAGCUUGGUUUGAAAGCCAAAAACUUUGGAGCUUCUUUAAGUGGAACAUGGGUAGGAGAUGGAGAGUGGACCACUAGUUAUAAUCCGAACACAGGAGAGGCAAUUGCAAAAGUGAAAUUAGGAACACUCUAAUAAUAUGAACAAGGUAUGUAAGAACUUUUGAAGGUUAAGAAUAUGUGGGCUGAAUUACCUAUCCCAAGAAGAGGAGAUAUAGUUAGAUAAAUUGGAGAUGAGUUUAGAAAAUAGAAGGAAGCUCUAGGAAUGUUAGUUGCAUUGGAGAUGGGUAAAAUAAAAUCAGAGGGUUUGGGUGAAGUCCAAGAAAUCAUAGACAUUUGUGAUAUGGGCCUGUGGAUUAUCCAGAUCAUUAUAUGGAUUAGUAAUCCCAUCAGAGAGACCAUCCCAUUUUAUGAUGGAAUAAUGGAAUCCCUUGGGUGUUGUCGGCAUUAUUACAGCUUUUAAUUUUCCAGUUGCCGUCACUUGGAUUAAUUUGUGGUGAUGUUUGUGUUUGGAAAGGAGCACCAUCAACAAAUUUAUCAUCAAUCGCUUGUACCAACAUCAUUCAUGAAGUUUUUAAAAGAAAUGGAUUGCCAACAAGCAUAGUGUUCACUAUUUGUGGAGAUGGUGUUUAAAUUGGAGAAGCCAUUACAAGUGAUAAGAGAAUUCCAUUAGUAUCCUUUACAGGUUCCACUUAAGUUGGUAAAAUCAUUGCAGCAAAGGUGGCUUUCCAGAUUAGCCAGAAGUUUAUUGGAAUUAGGAGGAAAUAAUGCUUAGAUUGUUCAUGAAGAUGCCAAUGUGGAUUUAGCACUCAAGGCUGCAGUAUUUGCAGCUGUUGGUACAUGUGGACAGAGAUGCACAUCCUUAAGAAGAUUGUUGUUACAUAACAGCAUUGCAGCGACAUUCAUACAAAAAAUGGUCAAGGUUUAUGGCACCAUUAAAAUUGGAAAUGCUUUAAAUGAUGAUACCUUAUGUGGUCCACUUCAUACAAAGGGGUAAGUUGAAUAAUACAAAAAGGUCAUCCCUGAGAUCUAAGCAUAAGGAGGAAAAUUACUUUAUGGAGGAAAUGUAAUUGAAGGUCCAGGUAACUUCGUUUAACCAACAAUCUUUGAGGUUAAAGCUGAUCACCCUAUUUUACAACAUGAGCUCUUUAUGCCUAUUUUAUUCAUUGUUAGAUAUGAUACCUUAGAUGAAGCAAUCGAAAUUAAUAAUAAUGUCCCUUAAGGUUUGAGCAGUUCAUUAUUCACUUCCAAUUUAAGCAAUUCAUAUAAAUGGACUGGACCUUUAGGAUCAGAUUGCGGUAUUGUAAAUGUAAACAUUGGAACAUCAGGAGCUGAAAUUGGAGGAGCUUUUGGAGGUGAAAAAGAAACAGGAGGAGGCAGAGAAUCAGGAAGUGAUUCAUGGAAGACUUAUAUGAGAAGAUCUACAUGCACAAUUAACUUUGGUAAGACAUUGCCUCUUGCUCAAGGUGUUAAAUUUGACAUUUGAAAAUAUUAUUAUUGUACAAAAUUCCAACACAACAAUUUCAAUUUAAA